AUGGACACCAUCACCAAAGACUUCACAGCUGUGAUUCCCUUCCGGGAGAUCAGCCUCCCUCCACUGGGAUCACUCGCAUCCAACAUCCUCCUCUUCAGCCUUACAGUGAUCGCCAUUCUCCUCGUGCCUUCCAUCUACCAGGGACUCACGUGUCCGUUGGGUCAUAUUCCCGGUCCCUGGUACACCCGCUUUACCGACUGGGUUCUCACGUACAAGUGGGCUGUCGGCCAGCGCUCCUUCUACGUCCACGAGCUUCACAAGAAGUAUGGCCCCGUCGUGCGCAUUACCCCGGACGAAGUAGACAUCUGCGACGUGGCCGCCAAGCAGAUCAUCUACACGACCAAGGAGAAGUUUAUCAAGUCGCCGUGGUACCAAGGUCUUGUCGGCAUCAGCGGCGACAACAUCUUCACCACGCAAAAUGUCGACGCCCACCGCCGCUACCGCCGCCUGCUCUCGGGCCCCUUAUCCGAGACCUCACUCAAGACUGUGGAGCCCGUCAUCCGUGAGCGUGCCGACCUGGCCAUGCAGAGGAUCGACGAAGAUAUCAAGGCCAAGGGCUUCGUGGAUGUGUACAAGUGGACCAUGUUCAUGGCCACCGAUAUCAUUGGCGAGCUUGCCUUUGGCGAGUCCUUCAGGUGUUUGGAGCACGGCGAAGUGACGCAGUACAUCAAGGAUCUGUCGUCCAUCGCCACUGCUGACGCCUUCCGCACCACCUUCCCCAAGAUUGUCGGCUUUAUCCAAAAGCACCGUAUCCCCACGCCCAUCGAGGGCAUCAACAACGCCGUGACGGUUGGCAACAACCUGCGCACCUAUGCCGAACAGUCCCUGCAGCGCUACCACAAGCUCGUCGAGGCCGACCCGUACCAGGUCAAGCCCAUGCUCUUCACCAAGGUCAUCAAGGCUGGCGAGGAAGACAACCUGACAUUUGACGAAAUCGUCGACAACGCGCGCUCCUAUAUCAUCGCCGGCUCUGACACCACCGCCCACUCGCUCACAUACCUAUUCUGGUCCGUUUGCAAAAACCGCAAGAUCCACGCCCGCUUGACCGAGGAGCUGCGCACCAAGCUGCCCCGCGAUGACCAUGAGAUCACUGAUGAGCACUUGCGCGACCUGCCAUACCUCAACUGCGUUAUCGAGGAGACUCUUCGCCUGUGGAGCGCGGCGCCAUCGGCUUUGCCUCGCUCUGUGCCCGCUGAGGGCGCGACCCUUUCCGGCUAUCAUCUCCCAGGAAGCACGACCGUGUGCACGCAGGCGUAUAGCUUGCAUCGUGACGACAAGAUUUUCAAGGACCCGGAGCAGUUCAUCCCGGAAAGAUGGGAGGAAGGAAACGCGACCAAGCAAAUGAAAGAUGCCUUCUUUGCUUUUGGUGGUGGUGCUAGAGUCUGCGUUGGCCUUCACCUUGCCCGUAUGGAACUUCGUCUCCUGACUGCCCUUUUCUUCCGAACCUACCCCAAUGCUAUGGUUUCGACCCGUGAUGGCAUGUGCGACGCCGACAUGGAGCCCCUCAUCUGGUUUUUGCUGUCCCCCAAGGGCAAGAGGUGCCUCAUUGAGCCUUAG